AUUGCUGUAGAGAAAGGAGGCAAUGGAGCCAGACAGGACUCAGAUAAAGCUUGAUCCCAGGUACACAGCAGAUCUUCUGCAGGUGCUGGAGACCAAUUACAGUAUCCCGCCUGCCUGUUUCUCCUACCCUCCCACGGCAGCCCAACUCCUGAGAGCAUUGGGCCUUAUGGAAAUUGCCCUCAUGAGCAUCAUGACCUCGUUUGUCCUGGGCUCAAUUGCCAUCUACCUGGAAGAUGCUAUCUACCUAUACAAGAACACCCGCUGCCCCAUCAAGAGGAAAACUCUGCUCUGGAGUAGCUCUGCACCUACGGUAGUGUCUGUAUUCUGCUACUUUGGUCUCUGGAUUCCUCGUUCCCUCAUGCUUGUGGAAAUGGCCAUAACCUCGUUUUAUGCCAUAUGUUUUUACCUCCUGAUGCUGGUCAUGGUGGAGGGCUUUGGUGGGAAGGAGGCUGUGCUGAGGACACUGAGGGACACUCCAAUGAGGAUCCACACAGGCCCCUGCUGCUGUUGCUGCCCCUGCUGCCCACAGAUUGUGCUCACCAGGAAGAAACUUCGGUUGCUGAUGUUAGGCCCAUUCCAAUAUGCCUUCUUCAAGAUAACGCUGGUCCUGGUGGGCUUGUUUCUCAUCCCUGAUGGCAUCUAUGACCCAGCAGAUAUUUCUGAGAAGAGCACAGCUCUAUGGAUUAAUGUUUUUCUUGGUGUGUCCACCCUGUUGGCUCUCUGGACCCUGGGCAUCCUUUUCCGUCAAGCCAAGCUGCACCUGGGUGAGCAGAAUAUAGGAGGAAAAUUUGUUCUAUUCCAGGUGCUCCUCAUCCUGACUGCCCUGCAGCCCUCCAUUUUCUCAGUCUUGGCCAAUGGUGGGCAGAUUGCUUGUUCACCUCCCUUUUCCUCUAAAAUCAGGUCUCAAGUAAUGAAUUGCCACCUCCUCAUACUGGAGACUUUCUUGAUGACUGUGCUGACAAGAAUGUACUACAGAAAGAAAGACCACAAGGUUGGGUAUGAAGCUUUCUCUUCUCCAGACCCAGACUUAAACAUCAAAGCCUAAGGUGAACAGCUUAGACAACGAAAGAGAUGCUAUACUCAUUAGGAGAGCACAGAAUUUUUUCAUUGUCUUUCAACCUUGACCAAAUGGAGGAUUGCCAUUAUCAGUUGGAAGAUUACAUCUGUCAAGAUGAAGAUAAACUAUAUACCAUAGAAUGGAAUUGUUCUGGAUCUUUCCUGGGAAAGGUAUUACAAGAUUUGCAAUAAAAAAAAUAAGAUGAAGCCUGAAACUCUGUAACUGGGCACACUGUAUUUGUAGGUACCACUAUUAGUUCUUUAAAGCUUGUAUAUUGAAAGGUCACUCUGAGCUCUCUCAAAGCACAUGAAAUGGAGAAAGGUAUACAGUAACAUGUCUGGCGCAUAGAAACAGGAGUAGAACUUGGCUAAGUAAAAUAGCACCAGCCCCAGAGUCUUAAAGAAGCCAGGCUUCUGGAGAACAGACGGAAGGUGUUCUUUCCUUUACAGAUGUGUCAUUAAGGCUCUAAUGACACUAAGCUUGGGGGAAGGCGUUAUCUAGAUCAGCCUCCCUUUGUAGGACAAUGGCUCUUUGAGUUUUUUGUGCCAAGCUACAAAAGGAAUCUCCCAGUAAUAUUGUCAUGGAGCUUGAUUUUGAGAAGAGAAAUUAGGAUGCAAAAACAAAGGAAUUGAGAGUA